CUGGAGGGGGGGGGCGCGCGAGCGAUGCUGCCGCCGCCGCUUCCUGAUUGGCCGCGGGCCGCGGCGGAGACCCUCUGAUUGGCCGCCGUCGAACCGGACUCAUGUUGGGUAAAGGCCUGAAACGUAAGCGGGAAGAAGACCCAGCCUGGGGUGCGGGCCUGGUGCCGGACUCCGAAGGGUCCCCGGACCCCGCCGCCACACCCCCACCGUCCAGCUCCCUCUUCGAUCUCUCCGUCCUCAAACUCCAUCACAGCCUGCGGCGCGGAGAGCCAGACCUCCGCCACCUGGUCCUCGUGGUCAACACCCUGCGGCGGCUCCAGGACGCCAUGGGGGCCGAGCCGGCCCAGCCCCCGCCACCGGAGCCCCCGGCCCCGCUCCCCCCGCCGCCAGAGCCCCCCGUCUCGGGUCCGGACUCUCCCCUUUGCACGUCCAUCGCCGCCCUGCUUGAUGACUUGAGCCACAUCGAGGGGCUCAGUGACGCCCCCUCUUCCCCCUCUGUGCCCCCUCCUGAGGAUGACCCCCUGGCCGGGCCCCCUGAGCCGGGCCUGGACACUGACCGGCCCCCGUCGCUGGGGCCCUUGGAGCUGCUGGGGCCUGCAGCGGCCGGCUACCUCCUGGAGGACGGGCUGGAGGGGCUGUUUGAGGACAUUGACACAUCCAUGUAUGACUGUGAGCUCUGGCCCGGUGGCCUCAAGGCUGGGCCAGACCCCAUAGAGACCGUGGGCAAGGCCGAGGGGCCCGGGUUGGACAUGUCGGAAUUGGACUACUUAAUGGACGUGCUGGUCAGCACACAGACGUUGUAGCGGGCUUGGGGGGAGAGAGGGGGCCUAACCUCCCCAACCCCCGCCUUUCCCCCCCCCCAAAAUCUGGCACCAGAGACUGAAGUGGGGCCGAGACACCUCCCCCUAUGGGGUGAGAA